CUUAUGGAUCUUUAGUAUGACCCGGAGUGGGGGUCGAAGCGCCCAGGCCUAGCUCCUUAACAGGUUACCCAGCCUCUCCGCCCACCUGUCGGCUUUUAACCACUCAUCUCCCAAGAAGGCAGGGCCCGCCUUCACCCCUCCACUGAGGCAAGCGUCGGUCCUGCGCGUAAAACGUGUACGCUCUUGGGAUCGGGGAAUCCCCCACGCGCGUAGCGUUACCGAGGAGAGAACGAGGUUCACGGCCUACCCCACAAUGCACAGCUCGCCCUUCCGGAAGCAAGAACUAUAACCCGUGCAAUGCACUCAUCCGGGCGGAAGCGACUCACCUUGAGUCUGAUUGGAAGUGACGAAGCGAGGCAUUGUGGGACUUCGUCCGUCUCCCAGUAAGCGUGUGCCAACCGGCCUCGCUCGGCUCCCGCAGCCACGUCCGGGAGGUGGCGGCGGCUAAAGAGGUAUGUCAACGGAGCAGGCCAAUCCCCUGCGUGCGCAGCCGCAGUGGUUCGGGCAGCGCCGGAAGUGCAGGGGGAUGGGGUGGCGGUGACGCGAUUCUGUCCGCGUUGGAGGGGCCGUGCCGCCGCCGGAGUCGCCGCGGCCGCCUUGUGACGUGGCACAGCCGGAGCCUUAAUACUAGAGCCGGAGCUGCCGCGCCAGUCGCCCAGCAAGUCCUUACCGCGCUAAUUCCUGUCCCGGAGCGUCUUCCGACACGCCGGCCAGCAAGCCGUCCCUGCCUCCUUUUUCCUCCGCUGUUUCUCUUCCCUCUUAAUGAGUUUGCGGUGAGCUUGAAAGGAGAAGGCCUGGGGACGCCCCGAACCCCUUCUGCCCAUCGCAAGUGCCAUUACCGCCAUGGGCCUCACUAUCUCAUCUCUCUUCUCCCGCCUCUUCGGCAAGAAGCAGAUGCGUAUUUUGAUGGUUGGAUUGGAUGCUGCUGGCAAGACGACCAUUCUUUAUAAACUGAAGUUAGGGGAGAUAGUCACCACCAUACCUACCAUUGGUUUUAAUGUGGAAACAGUAGAAUAUAAGAACAUUUGUUUCACAGUUUGGGAUGUUGGUGGUCAAGAUAAAAUUAGGCCUCUCUGGAGGCAUUACUUCCAGAAUACCCAGGGUCUUAUUUUUGUGGUAGAUAGCAAUGAUCGUGAAAGAAUUCAGGAAGGAGCAGAAGAGCUGCAGAAAAUGCUUCAGGAAGAUGAGUUGCGAGAUGCAGUGCUACUGCUUUUUGCAAACAAACAAGAUUUGCCAAAUGCUAUGGCCAUCAGUGAAAUGACAGAUAAAUUAGGUCUUCAGUCUCUUCGUAACAGAACAUGGUAUGUUCAAGCCACUUGUGCUACACAAGGAACUGGUCUGUAUGAGGGACUUGACUGGCUGUCAAAUGAGCUUUCAAAACGUUAAAUGAAACUGGAUAUCUAACCAAGGACACAUUUCAUAGAAUUGGUCUAGGCUUGUUACAACAAAAUUAGUUUGCAUCUUGGUUAUUAAACUAUCUGGGACUGGUUUGGGCAGAAUAUUACAGCGUUUAAACUUAUUUUGUUGCCAAUUAUUGUUUACCAAGUAUAAUGUUGCUAUUUAGCAAUACGCUUGGUUUUAAAGAAAUUCUCCUUGGGGAAAAAAGUGUUCUCUUUUAAUUUUACUUCCCUUAAACCUAAAUGCCUGGAUGUAGUUAUUGUGAUACCUUUAAAUAAAUCUGUUUUGAAUGUUUUUUGAGCCCACAACAAACAAUGUUUUAAAGUUAUCCCCUUGCUACUUUACUGAUACCUUUAUCAUUCCUGGGACAGUCUGCUGAUUUAAAAAUGUAGCAUUCCAUUUGUAUUUAUUUCUCUCCCUUGCCAAAAAUAUUUUUUAAUACUGCUUGUACCAGCCAGGGAAAUACUCCAAAACACUAUUCAGCUGUCUUGCACUGAGGGACUUAUUUUUCCCCCAUUAUUGACUCCUGGCUUCCAUCAGCCAAAAUUAACCUUGGUGUGGUUUGGAUUUAAACCUAAUUAAUUCUGUGCUGGUUGCAAAGAGUUCAUAUUGAGUUGGUUUUUAAUACUCAGCAGAUUGUCUUCCUUUAUAUUGUAUCUUUUUUAUGUUGCAUGUUGCGUUUGGUAUCAGCCUCUUUGCCCAGUAUAUGAUAGAUUAUUCAGCUAAUGUUUUAUUGUUUAUUGGUGAACAUAUUUUCAUUAAGAGUUUUUUGAAAACUCAUCAGAUUCAAUGAAUAA